AUGGGGAUACAACAUCUGCUGUUGCUGUUGAUAUACUUGGACCCGUUGAAUGUACUGAGUGCAGCUACGGGCAAGAAAAACAAACAACUACCGAGGAGACCUCCAUCGAGGGUAAAAGAAGUCAACAGCACUAUGGCACCAACGGUCGUUCCAAGAAGGAUCACUCAAGUCCAAGCGCCAGUUGUGGGAGAUCAUGACACUUGUCUGGGCUACUACGACGUGAGCGGCAGUUUCGACAAAGAAUUCGCCUGCAACAAUACAGACCACCGGUACUGCUGUGGAAGUUGUUUCUUGCGCUUCUGCUGUCCCGUCAAAGCCAAACGCUUAGAUCAAAAAGCUUGCACGAAUUACAACACACCGGACUGGAUCAAAACGCAGCCGCCUUCUCCGGCGCCAACAGGUGAAACUUAUGAUCCUGCCUUGGAUCAAACGAACACGACUGUGUACAUCACCUGUGGCGUUAUAGCUUUCAUCAUCGCCCUAGGAAUUUCUGCAAAAGUUGCGUACGACAAAGCAACUCGACCACCACAGGAGAUGAAUGUCCACAGAGCUCUGGCAGACAUUCUGCGACAGCAAGGUCCCAUUCCAAUAUCACAGUAUGAACAUGAAAACAUCUCAGUGAUGAAUGGCUCUCCAAAGGACAACACUCCCAUCCGAACCUCCAAGAACCACUACACCCCUGUCCACAACAAAGCCAACCACGGGCAUUAUGGGAAGGAAAACUUCCGUAGCGGCCAAGACAUGCACAACUUUAUCUCGUCUGGGUUUGUGACGCUGGGAAGAGGACAUCUCAAAGCACAGCACUCUGUAGACGAUUUAGGGCAGAUGUCUUGGCAAGGAGAACUGGAUGUACCUAUGUCCUACAAUAAUCACCAACAUGACUACACAAGCCACCUGGACCUCACUGGAUCCCACACACCGAAAAUUGGCCACAGAAUAGAGAGAUAUGAGAAGCCACGCAUGAACAACAUCCUGACGUCUCAGACGGAGCCGUACGAUCUCUCCUUUUCGAGAUCAUUCCAGAACCUCACAAACCUUCCUCCAUCCUACGAGCUGGCCAUGAAAGCUGACUUAACUGAUAAGGAUGUGGAUGAGUACUACGCAAGGAGGAGACAUAUGCCAGACAUGACUUCGCGGGGGAACCUCCCAACUCACCUGGUGAAGAUAAACCAGGAGCCCCAGGGGCCAACAGUACAGUCACGUCAGAAACCCCGACGCGUUCAGAGAGCCAUGUCUCAGGAUCACGUUCUGUCUCCCGCCCGGGCUCCCAAACGCGAUUACGGCCUGUCGUCCUACGGAGGCGGGAUGUCACCCUAUCACGGACGCAUUCUCUCCGAGGAACAGCUUCUGUCUGCUGACCGGCUGCACUCACAGGACCCUCUGCUCUCACCAGAGAAGAUGCUGUCACUCAAACGCUCCAACUUCCGUGAAAAGGCCAUGUCUCGGGCGCUUUCGCACACAGACAUGUUUGUGCCCACCACGCCUGUCAUGGACCGUCACUACAAGAUGACCAAAAUGCACUCCCAUCCCAGUGCCUCCAACGACAACAACUACAACACGCUGACCGUCAACCACUCAGCAAACAAGAGGCAGGCGUUCGCCUCAAGACGGACGCACACCGUGGACCACCUACAGUAUAUUCCCGGCCAUCCCCACCACUACCACACAGCCAGUAAGACCGAAGUAACUGUUUAA